AUGGGAAGACGACAAGACGACGAGACGACGAGACGCCGAAACGACGAGACGACAAGACAAGACAGACGCACAAGCAGGAAAGCCAAGAAAGGAAUACUGACCAGGAGAGAGGACAAGACGAGCCAAGGCCGACGGUUGCAGCGAGUGCGUUGCAGCAGUUCUGCCGUUGCUCGCAGUGCCCGGCUGCCCGUUGGUUGGUGCAACGGCUGCCUUUGUGCGGUUCAGAGUGUCGACCGAGUUGAGCGUGUUGAAUGUCGAAUGUCAAAGUGCGCGGGUGCGCCGUCCAUUCGUUGCGUCGUAUCUCUUUCAACAGGGGACAAGAAUAGUAAGGGACUUGCAUUGGCCGAGCGUGAUAAGUGCAGACGCACGCCGUGCAGGGUGGUGGGCAGGCCGAGAAGGUGCAGUGCAGUUGGUCGCGGCUUGCGCCUUCCCUCUGCCAAACCCUCACGCCUCCCCAGGAAAGCGCGUCCAACAGCGCACCAGCCCGUGCGCUUGGUCGCUGUAGGUGCCAGCAGCCAGCCUAACGCAAAGGGGCCUCUACUGUCUCUGUGCUACGUUCAUUACUGCCUUUCUGUACUACACCCCAUCCCCCAUCGUCGCUGCCGUCCCAACGGCGCACACCUCCCUCCCCAAGCUGGCACGCCCCUCCUUCCUCCGUCCGGCCUCCUCCAGUGCCUUCCCCACUCGCUCCAACGCGACUUUGUUUGCACCCCCUACCACUCUGGCCCAUCCGCACCCCCCCCCUGCCCCCACCAGCUGACUUUAGCUAGCCUUGACUUUCUUCUGUUGUAUGCAGUCUCCCAGGUCUCCCAGAACUCUCAACGCACCGCAUUCUUUCGAGCGGCUCCUUGGCCUGCUGGUCGCUCCAGCCUAUGGAAGUACAUGGCCGUCGCCACAAAUGGACCUGAACUGGGGUCCACACAGAUCGACCUCGUCCUAGGAGCCGCUGCUCAGCAGAGGGUGUACGACAUACUUGGAGCAACUCCAUCGCGGCUUCCCAGUAGGGUAAUGUCCCCCCUGUCCCUUCCAAAGGGCGACGACGGGUCGCCAUUUUGGGCACGCCCUGUCAGUUGGUGUAAGUGGAAAGAGCGACCCAGACUACGCAGACUACGCAGACUACGCAGACUACGCAGAAGGUCCAUACGUGCAUUGCUCCAACGACGCCAUACUGCGGACGCCAUGCACCAGAGGCUCCUUCCUCGGCCGUGGACUGCACUUCUUUCCUCUCGAUCGCCGUUUGCUACCCUUCUUGGUAUAUAA